AUGCGCGCCCGCCGGCGACCGUCGCGCCCGGGCCUCCUGCGCGCGCUGCACAACCGCUCCGUCGGCGCCGCGCACGCGGAGGAGUUCCGGUCUGCGCUCUACUCCGGCCUGGUGCCGUCCUCGACCUUCACGAGCGUCUCCAAAAUCCCGUCCGUCUCCUUCCGUCGCUUCACCCCAUGCGGCCGCUACCUGGUCGGCAUCUCGCGCAGCCACCGCGACCUGGUCCUGUUCCGCCUGGAGUCUGGCGGCCGCCGCCCCCGCCCGCGCGACGCCGCCGCGGACCUCGACUUCGACCGCCCCUCCGUCCGCCCGCGACAGCCCCCGCCGCCCACGGCAGACCCCUGGCUCAUACCGCACCACCCCGCCAGUGCCUUCAUCGUGUCCCAGUUCGACUACGCGUUUCCGACACCGCCCCCCUUGGACAACCGCCUCCCGCUCGUGCCACCCCUUACUUCGCUGUUCGCACCAUCGGCGCCCUACGCCAACACCCGCAUGCCCCGCUCGCAACGGGCAAGUAUUUUGGCGGAUCUGCCGGUUCCGCUCGUGGGCGGCAUUGCCCCGGGCGCGGCCAGCCCAGAGCCGAGGCCGACAAGGAAUAGGAACUCUCGCACGCGCCAGAGUGACGCGGAGAGGUACUCGUGCACCUUUUCCAGGUUUUUCACAAAGCUCUACGAGGUGCCCGUCGCGCUCAACGCGGAGACCCUCGCGCCUGAGUUUUGUCUCGCCACCCCGACGGCCCGCUACCUCAUCCUGGCGAGCUAUUUACCGAGAGAGACGGAUAACGAUCCCAACAUGCCUGCGUUGCAGCUGCCCAUCGUCGGUGAACCUCCGCCCGCCGUUGCGUCUACCCGCGUGCUGGAGCGCUUUACUCUCCAUUUGCUCAACGUCGAAUCGGGCGUCGUAGAGGACCGUUUUACCCUUGAAAAUGACUUUGUUGAUCUUGACGGCCAUGCGGGCGUGCACAUGCGUGGUGACAUUCUGUGCGUGCUCUCCAUUCGCCACCAAGUCUUACACAUCAUCAAAGUGCAGGAAAACCUUGGCCGAUUUGUAUAUGAGUGCCAGAUCGGCGCCAUGUGUCGCUCCGACGAUGAACUGGAAAUUGCGCGUGCGCGAGAAGCUGAGAAUUCAUACCAGCGAAAGCAGAGAGAGGAGGAACGGAAGCGCUCGUUCAGCUCCAUGGUGGGAUCUUCGUCACAAAUUCAGAAUUCUCGCCUUUCAAGCCUUCCUGACGCCUCCAUGCGUUCGAAAAAAUUGCCUUCCUCGCACCCUGGAGAAGGUGUUGCAGGUGGUAACGCCGCUGGACUGGCAGCCCCCCACAGCGAAGGAGCAACACCACCCAAGGAGACUGGCCUAGGAAGCGGUAAACUGAAAUCGGGGUUUUACACUGGUUUGAUGCAACGCCUCUUGGUUUAUGUGUACCGGAGGUACCAUAGCGAAGGGAACCAGAGCUUGUUCUAUAGAGUUGUCGGGCAAUACAGUCUUCUCGUAAUGUUGAAAGCCCAAUUUUUAGAUGAGGAUCAUUUACUCAUUCGUCUCGGUUCUCUCGAGCGUGGUGGCAAGAUUUCGGAUGUUGCCACAACCACGUGCUUCUUCGUUGUGUACUGCAUUUCGACUACCACCAUUUUGAAUCUGUUUGAGAACAGGUCGACUGAGUUACUUUCUACGUACCAAAGGUUUCGGGAUGCCUUUAUCGGAGACCCCGCAGUCUCCGCCACACUUCCACGUGUUCACAUAGAAAACGACAGGGCAUGGUUUAGUACAGGCAGCGCACAUCCGAGAAAUGGAAGAUCAUCUAGCUCGAAACGAGUGAGAGCAGAGCUUGCGGCACUUCCAAUGUCAUGUCAGAUGCGGAAUGUAUCACCGUAUCUUGACAGAGGGAUUUUCUCAUACGACAUCCAUCGAAUCGCGGCACUUGACGGUACAAGACCGCAAUGCUUGAAAGAUCUCGACACAGUGAAAUUCAUUAGCGUUCGCACCGGCGCACUGCGAUUCAAGCUAUCUCCUGGAUAUCGUUCAGGUGAUGGAGGCCGUCGAUCGCGCAGGCAUGUAGGCGCUGAAGGUGGACGCCACAGCCAUAGCCCUGUGUCUCGAAAGAGAAAAGCCCUGUAUCUAUUCCAUCCCCAUUACCCAUUCGUAAUCUCUAUGGAUUACAAUUUAACUUUGCCAACGACUUAUAACUUUCACGUUUGCGGAUUCUCUGACUAGCUUGGUCUCGGUGAGAGUCCGGAAUGGAGAGAGUGACCCCAUGCACAUAUGCAGAGUGACUACGGCAACCAUGAGCGUCUGCAAUCAGUUCAGAGCUUAAAUUUCGUGUAGUUUAUGUAAAGUACCAACCU